AUGGCUAUGCGCGUGUCUUCAUCGAAACUAUCUUCCGACUUCACGGGUUACCCCGUGAACUCGUGUCUGAUAGAGACCCCGCUUCACAGCGUAGUACUGGCAUUCCGUGUUCCGUUCACAUGGAACACGUUUGACGAUGUCGACUUCUGA